UAACUCCGUUUUGACCAAAAAUGUAGUUACUGCAGUUAGACUUGUAGGACAGAAUAGUGCUGACAUAAUAUUAUCUGUUUUGAUUUGUGUUAGGAAAUAGGAUGGGGUUCAUAUCAGGAUAAAGACAAUUGUGGCUUUUAUUUAGAUAGAUUGUCCUCAUAGACUGUAUAAAAUAGAUUGUCCUGCUAUGUGAACUGGACAUUCCUGUGUAUUACCUGUGGAGAGCAGCACAAGGCUCAGAUGAGUGAAACAGCCUCGGAUAGAGCAGAGGAAGAAGGCUCAGACGUCACAUGGAGCUCUGCAUCCAUCCAGCAGUAGCUGCUCACCACUAAUCACACUACAUUAACACAACUAGCUAUACAAGCUAACACAGCCUGCUACAUCACCCGGACUUCAUUCACCAUACGUCCGGAAUCGCAAAUUUGCCAGAAACAAACGGAGGAUUCACAGACGGUGCAAAACGGGAAACAACAUCACGGUCACUCUCAGAUAUCGUGGCCUCUUCUUGCAUCCAGCUGGCAGCUACUGUGGCUAACUAGCGGAGCUAACGAUAGAAGCUCUGCCUGGGCUAGCGGCAGGCUAGCCAGCUAGCUAGCUAGCUACUAACAUCGCUGACGGUAGUUAGCUAGCUAGCGAGCUGUAGUAACUUGCGUCAUGGAUGAACUAGUCGUGGAAGUGAGGGGAACAAGUGGGGCCUUUUAUAAGGCCUUCGUGAAGGAUGUUCACGAAGGAUCGGUCUCUGUGGCAUUUGAAAACAAUUGGCAGCCAGAGCGCCAAAUCCCAUUCCAGGAUGUGCGUUUUCCUCCUCCAACAGGGUUCUGCAAGGAGAUAAAUGAGAGCGAUGAGGUCGAGGUAUAUUCCAGGGCCAAUGACAAAGAGCCAUGUGGAUGGUGGCUGGCCAAGGUUCGCAUGGUCAAAGGAGAGUUUUACGUAAUAGAGUACGCUGCAUGCGACGCCACAUUAAAUGAGAUAGUGACGCUGGAGCGGUUACGGCCUGUCAACCCGAAUAAACCAGCCACCAAAACCACCUUCAUCAAGAUCCGACUGGACGUACCUGAGGAUCUACGGCAGAUGUGCUCCAAGGAAUCAGCACACAAAGACUAUAAAAAGGCGGUGGGAGCGUUCAGUGUCACCUACGACUCGGAGAAAAAGCAGCUGGUCAUUUUGUCUGUGAAUGAGGUCACAACAAAGCGGGCCAACAUGAUGAGCGACAUGCACUUCAGGAGCCUCCGCACCAAACUGUCGCUCAUGCUGAGGAACGAAGAGGCCAACAGACAACUGGAGAGUUCCAGACAGCUGGCGUCACGGUUUCAUGAACAGUUUGCGGUUCGGGACGAUUUAAUGGGUCUGGCCAUCGGGACGCAUGGGGCCAACAUUCAGCAAGCACGUAAAGUCCCUGGAGUCACCAACAUAGACCUGGACGAGGAAACGUGUACCUUUCACAUAUACGGAGAGGACCAGGAUGCUGUCCGUGUCGCAAGAAGUUUCCUGGAGUUCUCUGAAGAUGUCAUCAAAGUUCCCAGGAACUUAGUAGGGAAGGUGAUCGGCAAAAACGGCAAACUGAUCCAGGAGGUGGUUGAUAAGUCUGGGGUGGUUCGGGUUCGCAUUGAGCCUGAGAAUGACAAAAAGCCCUUAGCAGCAGCAGCAGCGGCAGCAGCAGCGGCAGCAGCAGAUGAGGUCAGUGGGAAAGAAAGACCACACCUUUUUGUUUUACAGUAUCCUGAAGUCAGGCUCCACCCUCAUCCCUCUAAAUCAUCCACCUUUGAUCCCAAUGAUGCGAGACAGUAUCAUUUAAUCUUUCUUUCUCUAUCUAAACCCUCUGUACAGGGGAUGGUGCCAUUUGUUUUUGUGGGGACCAAGGAGAGCAUCUCUAAUGCUACAGUACUGCUGGACUAUCACCUCAACUACCUUAAGGAGGUGGACCAGCUUCGCCUGGAGCGUCUUCAGAUCGACGAGCAGCUGAGGCAGAUAGGAGGGGGAGGGGGAGGAGGAGGGACGGGGCCCCGAAACCUCAAAGACAAAACCUAUGUGUUCGAUAACGGCAUGGGGCUGGGGAUGGGGAGAGGAGCAGGAGGAGGAGGGAAGCCCUACGGAGGAGGAGGAAGAGGUGGCAGAGGGCGACGAGGAGGAGGUGCAGCUUUUGCCUCAGGCACCAACUCAGAAGCAUCCAACGCUUCAGAGACGGAGUCGGACCACAAAGAUGAGCUCAGCGAUUGGUCGCUGGCCCCCACCGAAGAGCUGAUGACAGGAGGCGGGACCCUGCCCAGACGGACAGAUGGGAGAAAGCGAGCAGGUGGAGGAGGACCACGGGGACGAGGGGGGAGAGGACGAGGAGGCGGAGGAUAUAAAGGUGACGACAUGCAGUGGAGCGAGCCAAGACCUCGUCAUGUCCGAGACCCCAAGACAAGAGUGCAGGAGGACACUCUACAGAUCCGUGUGGACGGUAACAACGAGCGCAGCGUGCAGCACUCCUCAGGGGGCCGAGGAGGAGGAGGAGGAGGAGGAGGGCCUUCCUCAUCCCAGGGUGGCAUCAGUGUGGGUGGUGAGGGCCCAGCGCGCCACCACCAUCAGAGACCCAUCAGAGACCGAGGGAUGAAGAAGGACAAACAGGACGCUCCUCCGCUGGUGAACGGAGUGUCGUAGAUCCACCACUGGAGGACCUUCUCACUUAGACCCACACACACUCAGAAAUACACACAGGCAACUCGUCAUAAACCAUCUUAGUCUUUCUCGUUUUUUUUUUCUUUCUCUGUCUCUGUCAAAUACAUGAAUACACAUAUUUCAUCAGCAUGGAAGAGUAGUGAAGUCGUAGACCGGAGGCAAUCUAGUAUCUGCUGGUCUGCUCUGUUGAGGUGUUUGAGUGUGCUGUUCGGGUUUGUUCCUGACUGUUCCACUAUCUCCUGUUCUUCUCUGCAGCGGCGAAUAAAAGAAACAGUACUUUUUAGAUAAAAGGAAACAAGAAGAGAAGGGAUUUGACUAUAGCUCAUCCCUCACAGAGGCAUUAACCCAAAACAUGCUCCCUUACCCAUCAAAGGCAAAAUAUUGUUUGGUGUUGAUUUUUAAAAUCAUCUAAAGUGGAUGAUUUCAUUUUUUUGCCACUGCCCCGUUUGGACUGUCUCACACCAGAAAAAAAAGAAAUGUAAAGAAAAUAAUACAUUUUUGGUGGUCCAAUCCUCCAAAAUCCAACACUUGGGAGUCAGCUGUAACACAGCAUUGCACUUAUAUUAUAACUAUACCGAGUAGAGGUGUCAUUUAGCAUCUUUCAGGUGCAUCGCCAGAGAGACUAUUGAACUUCAUUAAUCAAUUCCAAAAUACAAAAUCUUUUUCACUUCUAUGUAUGGUCACACACAGAGCUUUCAGGCAAGGCAAAGCUGCCUUUGGGAUCAGCAAAGUGAAGAGCAGUUCAAAGUGUUCGUGUGUUGGGAUGGGUGUGCAUGGGCAACGAAAUUGCCAACAAAUGCUUAUCUCAUUGUUUUAAAUCAUUUGUGUUUUGUUUCCUGUUGCCAAGAUAAUUCCUUCAGUUUCUUGGAUUGUCAGACCAAGUAUGACUUCAACAACAUAUAGAUGGGGAACCAUAAAUCUGAGGCACUCUGAUGCAAAUAAAUUGUUAACAAAAACAUUCACAGAAGCAGAGACGCUCACUCCUAAGAGUCUUCAACAGGGUACCAAAUGUCAUGCACUGCUGUUAUAUUUAAAAUUGAUUACCUGUGACAGGACACACGACUAGGGCAAGAGUAACUGGGAAUCCACAGUGACACUGAAGCGUUCAGUCUAUUCACGCCACACCCACUCUGUUCUCUGUGUUCAGAGCAGCUCCUAAUGUCCCCAACAGACAGUGAAGGGUAGAACUCUCUUUACACGGCUGAGUCAUAUCGGAAAUUUACUGUACGAAAUAGUUUUCAAAUAGACUGCAUGAGGAUCGACAACAUGUUUUUUUACAAUCCGGAUUGGCCUUUAAGGAAUCACAAGAAACUAGAUGCAUAAUAGCUACUGUAAAUCUCAACACUCAAUAUAAUUAUUCUAAAUUCAGCAUACAAUGAACAGAAACAGGUAAUAACUGUCUUAUUUAUUCACAAUGGUAUACAGUAGUGAUGUCCCAAUGACGCCUCAUGAACCAUUUUCUUUAUUUUCUGAGCCCACUAGAUGGCGGUCUUGGUUUAUAGGACAAGGUUCAACCAAUGGUGUGCUUUUAGCUCUUGGUUGAACAGAGAGCUCCAUCUAGUGGAGUCAGAAAAUAAAGGAAAUGGUUCGUAAGGCUUCAUUUGCACAUCACGAGUAAACCGUAAUUCUAAAAGAUAUUCAUGACUCAUAACUGAAACCUUUACUGCAGUCAUGAAUAAAAAGCUUUGUGGUACAGUUAAUCCAGAUUUCUGCAGUUGUUCCCAGCAGCACUGGACUUUUUGUUAUAAUUCUCCGGAAGCUCAUUUAUCUCAUUAAUAAUAACCUGUCACCAGGAGCCCACAUCCUAGUACUCACUGAGAGGGCUGAGGCCAUAAACUAGACCUAAUCUCUAGUGAUGUGCCAAUGAAGCCUCAUGAACCAUUUUCUUUAUUUUCUGAGUCCACUAGAUGGAGCUCUAGGUUUAUAGAAAAAGGCUCAAGCAAUGGUAAUUGAAUGUGCUUUAAGCUUGUUGUUAAACAGAGAGCUCCAUCUAGUGGGCUCAGCAAAUAAAGAAAAUAGUUCAUGAGGCUCCAUUGGCACAUCACUACUAAGCUCUAUAGAUAUCGACACAUGAACGCAGCAUCUGUAGGCAUCAGUAUAAGACUCUGGUAUUGGAAGCGUUCUGGUUUGUAGUCUGAGUCUAUUGGCCGUUGACAUUAAAGAGGGCUUCAGUUGAGUGCAGGUACACAGUCUGUGUGGAAAACGACUGAUUGGCCAAAUUGCAAUUUCGUAACACGUCAGCUAUCUGAUGACAACUUAGCUUUUUAUUUAUUUUUUUCCUUUCUGCAUUUAUGUGCAGAUAUGUGUUUACAUAGAUCAGCCAAAACGUCGUCCGGGCCUAAAACAUCUAUACAAGUAUUGAAGUUGUAAAUCAGACUGUAGAGAAAUAUCUAACCCCAGGAAUAUUGGCAGCUGCCCCCAGAGGCUAAACGGACGUUAUGUGGUUGGUUUCGAGGUUAAGCUAGACUUAAUUCGACUAGUUUCACUUACAUUUUAACAAAGGACAGCAGUGAAAUAUUAUGGUAACUUUUGCUUUCAGACAAACCUGAUCAGGUCGCAGGAUUAGGGCGGCAACAUCGUGAAUGUAGAACUGUCACCUGAUAACAUGAGCUUUUCUUUAAUUUAUGAAAACCUUUGUAUUUAACCAUUUUGGUUUGCAGUUGGAAAACCUGUUUGCAGUAUUACUGUAGAAGAAACGUUUCAAUGAGUUAUACCUUGACAAAAUAAAAAUUUGGUGUACGUUUUA